AUGAUAUUUUUUUGGACGAUAGAGAUACUCGAGGACAGAGCUUUCACCAACAAUUGGUUUAAUUCAACGCACGACUUGAACCUGACCAAAACGGACCUUCUCAGUGUAGUUACAAAAGGACAACUGUUCCAGUUCAAUGGAGUCCUGUACGAACAAACUUAUGGCGUGGCUAUGGGUCUUCCACUCGGUCCCUUUCUAGCUAACGUGUUCAUGUCUUCAAUCGAAGACAACCUUGAGCGAGGGGGUAAACUCCCUUCCUUCUAUCGAAGGUACGUUGAUGAUACGCUCACUAUCGUACCGAAUAUAGAAACAACAUCUAUUUGGUAG